AUGUUGACGACAACUGCAUCCUCUGCCUCGGCUCGAGCCAAGCUUCUCCAAAGUGCCUCAUCUACAUCCACCACUCGUGCCCUGACAGCUUCAUUAUACCGCGGGCAGGCCCGCACCCACCUCACAAGCCGAGGGUCUGGCAACGAUCCGACACCAUCAUUGACAAGUCCCUACGCUCCAAUUGACCCCAUCACCAAUCGUAGGAUCCCUACGUACACUGAACGCAACACGAUCCUCGCCAAAGCCCUGAAGGCUAGUUUCCUCAGGACGCCAGUGCAUUCGGAUGGCCCACCAUCGGCCCAGGAGCUGCGUAAAUACCGCCAGGUCGAUAUUGACGAUCAGCCAUGGGUUACCGUUCAGCUUAGGUCCAACAAAUACUCCGAUCUCAACGGAUACAAGCCCGUCCUGAGCAGCUCUGCCCCAACCCACGCCAGCUCAGCGCAGAAGUACAGCGAUCUCCACAAAUAUAAACCGCUCGUUGAUCAGGUGGAUACCGCUCACGAUGUCGAGCCGAAAUACAAUGAUCUCCACAAAUACGGCCCCGUUGAUGUCCACAACGCCGCAUCUUCGGCACCUGCGGCGACCGAGGGCACUCACAAGUAUAAAGACCUUCACAAGUACGUCCCUGUCGCAUGGAGGGAACCCCAUGGGGAGGCCCCGCCAUCUGCCGAAGAGAAGUCGAAACAUUACUCAGAUCUGGACAAAUACCGCCCUAUCAGCUUUAAUGAACCGAAUGGCAACCUUCCUCCUACUGCAGAGGAAGUAUCCAAACAAUAUUCCGACCUGGACAGUUAUCAGCCAGUGCGUUUCAACGAGCCAAGUGGGAAAUUGCCGCUCACACAGGAAGAGCUUUCCAAGCAAUACACGGAUCUUGGCGCGUACCGUGCCGUGCAGUUCAAUGAACCCCACGGAAAGCCCCCGCUCACCCCCGAGGAGCUUUCCAAGCAAUACACGGAUCUUGAUGAAUACCGUCCCGUGCGAUUCAAUGAGCCCGAUGGGAAGCUGCCGCCUACACAAGAAGAGCUCUCUAAACAGUACACAGAUCUGAACGAGUAUCGUGCUGUGCGGUUCAACGAACCCACUGGGAAGCUUCCACCCACCCAAGAAGAGCUCUCAAAGCAGUACACAGAUCUGGACAACUACCAUGCUGUGCGAUUCAACGAACCCAACGGGAAACUCCCACCCACCUCUGAGGAGCUUUCAAAGAACUACACGGACCUGGACAAAUACGGGCCAGUGCGAUUCAAUGAACCAGAUGGUAAACUUCCUCCUUCGGCUGAAGAGGUCUCGAAGCAGUACACCGACCUCGACCAAUAUCAGCCCGUACUGUUUAACGAGCCCAAUGGCAAACUGCCACCAACAUCCGAGGAACUUUCUAAGCAGUAUGAUGAUCUGCACAAGUAUGGUCCUGUCUAUUGGAAUGAACCCAACGGGAAACUUCCGAUCAGUGCCGAAGAGCAGUCGAAAUUCUACGCCGAUCUAGACAGUUACGGACCUGUCAUGUGGAACGAGCCCAAUGGCCAAUUGCCACCAACUGCUGAGGAGCGAUCCAAGCACUACACAGACUUGGACGCAUAUGGUCAGCCCGUCAUGUGGAACGAACCGAAUGGCAAGUUUCCCAUGUCUGCCGAAGAGCGCUCGAAGAAGUAUCAAGACCUUGAUAAGUAUGGACCGGUUCAGUGGAACGAGCCCGACGGGAACCUUCCCCUUACCCCAGAGGAACUUUCGAAGCGGUACGCGGACUUGGAUGCCUACCAGCCUGUCAGGUGGAAUGAGCCCGACGGCCGACCAGCAAUGACUGCUGAAGAGGCCAGCAAACAAUACGAUGACGUCGACAGUUAUCAGCCAAUUCGGUGGAACGAGCCCGAUGGCAAGCCAUCUAUGAGCCCUGAAGAAGCGAGUAAGCAGUAUGAUGACUUGGACCAAUAUGACAGGCCUUUUGCUCACAACGAACCUGACGGCAAGCCCGCCAUUACUCCAGAGGAAGCCAGCAAGCCAUAUAACGAUCUCGACCAAUACAAGCCAGUCCGCUGGAACGAGCCCAACGGGCAACCUCCUAUGGACCCCGAAGAAGCCAGCAAGCGUUACAAGGACCUCUCCGACUACUCCGAGCCAUUCCAGCACAAUGAGCCCGAUGGCAGACCUCCCGCGCAGCAAAAAAAAUCCGCUGUAACAGAAGAUUUGUUCAACUACGGAGCUUUUCGUUACAAUGAACCUGACGGCAAGGCAGAGGAUAUUGAUCUGCUGCGCGCAAGCGAUCUGCGUGCCAAGUCAUUGCAGUCUGCGAGUGCAACUCAAAAGAUGCGCGCUGCGCUGGACACGGAAUCAUUGGAAAGAGACAAUUCACGGCAUGGUCGGGAAUGGGAGAAUGCGAACAAGGCAGCCAAGACCACCCUCAAGCAGUCCAAGAUAAAGUCGCAGGACUCGAGUGAGGCGACCCGAAAUGUCACUGGCAACUAUGUGAAGGACUUCCCCGAGGAUUUCGCCGUCUCUUGGAGCGCGAUGCUUGGGCAAAAUGAUGCCGCAAUGGAAUAUCAAAAGAAACUCGAAAACGGCACGCGGGAGCCGGAGCAAGGCGAUGAGGACAUUGCAUCCUUUGACGAGAGUUUUCCCAAGCUUGAGUCCACCAUAGAACCCCAAGCUUUCACUCCAGCUCUGCACAAAAUCGAGCCGGCGUUGAACCGUGGGUCAUCUCUCCUUGACAGCCAGAAGCGGGCUGAUCGACUGCGUACACUCGCAGAUCCAUACUCUACGGAGCCUCAAGGACUAGAGCUCAGCUACCUGCAGGAAUGCGGCGGCAAGCCUACUGGUCCUACUUUUGUCAGAACCUAUGGAACAGUUAGCGACGCUGUCUCGGCUGCCGCAACACAGGCAAAGGCAGCCUCUAAUGCAGCUGAGCCUGCCAGGGAGGCGGCUCCCAAGCCAUCAUACUACAAGAUUCUGGCUUUCGAUCCGACGACCAAUUCCAUUAGCACUGCUGAGACGUCGUCGCUUGCCAUAGACAGCUCUGUCCCACUGACACCACCAGAGGCAAUGAUGCGUCUGUCCAAUCCCGUCAAGUUCUUCCCGCACCUAGCACCACUUCAGGCGCAGGGGUACGAGAUUGUCUCUGGGAACGGAGACGUCCUUGUGUUUCGCAAGGUCCGCAACGCCCAGCAAGAGACGAUCAGCACUCGUUCGACAACGGAACAGGCCACGAGAUACCAGCCCCCAAGGGUGAACCCCAUUGACAUGAUGGGCAGUCAGCCCGUCACCCCACACUCAUACUCGGCGAGCCCGACAGGGUUCGUGAACUUUGAAGAUGACAGUGCCGAAGUGGACCAGAAGCCACCCCCACCUUACCGAGGAGGCUACGGCGCAUCAGGUGCGGGCCCUGCUGCCAGCGGGUUUGCAGCAGACGAGGAGCCAAAGAGGGCCGGCAAGGCCAAGAAGGUACUGUUGGGUGCCGCGUGGGUUGGAGGCAUUUCGUAUGCUUUCGGUACCGUUGGCCAGUACUUCAGGACGGGUGGUGCUGAUGGGAAGGGUCCAGGGGAACGGCUAUGA